UAUACUAAGUUAUGUCAUCAUUAGUUGCGAUGCUUUUCAAACUUGUUUUGCUGUUUCAUCCUCUCCUACUACUCUCAAAUCAUCAUCCUUUUGUUAAUUCUGUGCAACCUUUUUGCCAAGAUGAAGAGAGGAGUGCUUUGAUCCACUUCAACCAAAGCUUUAAAAUACAAUGCCAUCCUAGAGUUGAUACAAAUGGUCUCUCUGUCCUUGUCUAUCCAAAGACAUCAACGUGGGGAUCAAACGGUACCAGUUGCUGCGGAUGGGAUGGUGUUGAAUGUGACUUGGUGACUGGUCAUGUCACUGGUCUUAACCUCAGUGGUUCUUGCCUCUACGGCUCUAUCCACUCCAACAACACUCUCUUUCACCUUGUUCAUCUUCAAAAGCUUCAUCUUGGCUAUAAUAACUUCACUUUCUCUUCAAUUCCCACAACCAUAGCAAUAUUUUCAGAGUUGACAUUUCUUCACUUGGGUUAUUCUUUCUUCCAAGAGCUUCAGCUACUGGGUUGUGGUUUGUAUGGGCCUAUUCCAUCUUCAAUAGAUUUUAUGAACUCAAGUCUUCAAAGCAUGACAAAGAUAGAUCUAUCCAACAACUUGAUAACGGGGUUUCAUAACUACACAACCGUUCUGCCUUGGUCCAAUUUGCUUAGUUUCCACAUGCAAUCUAACUUGUUGCAAGGACAGCUUCCGAUUCCACCAUCAUCUAUCAUACAUUAUGAUGUCUCUAACAAUAUUCUAAGUGGUCGAAUUCCCUCAUCAAUAUGCAAUUUGAAUUCUAUUUCGAUUCUUGAGUUGUCAAAUAAUAACUUGAGCGGAGAAUUUCCACUUUGUUCAGCCGGUGGGAUUAGUGACUCCAUGUUAGUUUUGAAUUUGAGAAACAACUCUUUUCACGGCAUCAUUCCUCUUCAAUGUCAACAUAAAAGCGAGUUGAGAAUGGUAGAUUUCAGUCACAAUCAUUUUCAAGGAAAACUUCGACAACCAUUCACUACUUGUAUGAAUCUUGAGUAUGUUGAUUUCUCAUUCAAUCAACUCAGUGAUGAGUUUCCCACCUGGUUGGGGAGUUUCCCUCGAUUAAAAGUUAUUUUGAUAAGGGCAAACAAAUUUUAUGGAGUUAUAGGAAAAUCUCAAAACACUUCGAGUGAGUUUCCAAUGCUACAAAUCAUUGAUAUGUCUAACAAUUAUUUCAAGGGGGCAUUGCCUUCCGAAUAUAUGUUAUCUUGGAAUGCAAUGAAAAGUUUCAAGAUGAGUAAUUUGACAUACAUGAAAGCACUAAGCAUUAUAGACUAUUACACAGAUGUUAUUUAUGAUGAAAUCGAGGAGUAUGAUUAUUCAACAACAUUUGUGAUGAAAAGUGUGGCUACAAACUACGGGAAAAUUCCAAUAAACCUGGCCAUUAUUGACCUAUCGAGCAACAAUUUCAGUGGUCAGAUUCCUAAAAUCAUUGGAAGCCUCAAGGCUCUAUACUCACUCAACCUCUCAAACAAUGCGCUCACCGGACACAUUCCACCAUCGUUGGGGACACUAACAGAGUUGGAGUCGUUAGACCUUUCUCAAAACCACCUAUCAGGAGAGAUUCCUGGAGAACUAACUAAUCUAAAAUUUCUCCAAAAGUUUGAUGUAUCGCAUAACAAUCUCACUGGUCUUAUACCUCAAGAGAACCAAUUUUAUACUUUUGAGAACAACUCUUUUGAGGGUAAUCAAGGAUUGUGCGGAGAACCACUGUCGAAGAAAUGCGAAGACUCACUGCUUCCACCAUCUGCUUCCAAUCAAGAUGAUGAUUCUGAUUCCGGGAUUGAACUCGAUUGGAAAUUCAUUUUGGCAGGACUUGUGAGUGGGCUUGUUAUUGGAGUUUCUAUUGGGGAGAUGUUGAUCCCAAGGACGCGGCUAGCGUGGUUUGUUUACAUCUCUAGAACAAGAUUGAGGGAGAUGAUGAUUAGAAACUGAGUGAGUAUCUACAUAGUUGUUUGUAAGGGGUAGUUUGUCUCUGUGUUAUUUCUUCUGCUAUAUGAGUAUGUGCAAGUUAAAUUAAUGUGUUUUUCUUUUGUAAAAAUAAAUUUAUCUUUUAUAAAUGCAAUUGUAAUUGGACGAAAUGUUGGCUUCAGACUUGGAUAGAUUGUGAUUCUGCUGAUGACAAUGUCAAUAUUGCAGCCUCUUUGUUAUUUUUUCAA